AUGAAUCCAUUCACAAGGAGAUCAACGGCAGCGUGGUACUCGGUUGGUCUCGCCUCCGAUCUGCCAAACCUCGAUGAGGAUGGCCAGCGGGUCGCUCCUAGAUGCAAGGCCUUCACCAUUCCUACCAAUGGGCCUAUGGAACGCGUUGAAGACAUUGACCUCCCGGGGGAACUGAAAGAUCAAGUUUUGGUCUUCAAGUACAAGGGAAAAUACCACGCCAUCGAUCAUCAAUGCCCCCACUCGUCCUACCCACUGUCGCAGGGGCGACUGUUUGAUAUUGAGGACUUUGGAGUCGUUCUCAGUGCGGGGAUUACGUGCCCGAAGCAUGAUUGGUCUUUCGACAUAUUCUCCGGCCAAGCAGACCGUGGCAAGUAUAAGUUGAAGGUGUGGGAGGUUGACGUGCGGGCCUCAACGAUCCCCGGAGUGACUGAGCAGGAAGUCUGGGUUCGGCGCAAGCAAAGGAUUGGCUGA